AUGGCUACAAGCGCGCAAGGACCUGCCGUACCUGGUUGGUUAACGAAGGAGUUCUUCGUCGACGCCAUAGCCGCCAAGCUGGCUCGACCGGCGGCAGACUUUACGAUUAUCGAGCUAGAUGUGAAGCCAGCGACAGCAGUGGGCGAUAACUACGCGUCGGUGCUUUAUCGGGUUCGCGUGACCGUGGUGGUGCACGGUGGUGCCGAUCCAACCGCAACGACCGCAGUGUCCCUGAUCGUGAAAGCGCAACCCAACCUUGCGCUCACCGAUGAGAUCGUUCAGUCGAUGAACCUGUUCCCCAAGGAGAUGGGCAUGUACUCCACGCUACUGCCCGCCUUCACGCGGCUGUACGCCGAGCGGGGCCGUGACGUCACGUUUGGACCGCGCUGCCUCAAGCUGUGCAGCGAGCCAACGAAUGUGAUCGUGCUGGAGGAUAUGCUGGAUCGCGAGUUUCGUAUGGCGGAUCGGCGCCACGGUCUCGAGAUGGACCGCUGCCGGAUGGUGUUGCGGCGCUUGGCACAGCUCCACGCUGCGUCCGCGGUUUACUGCGAGCGCACCGGUCCGUACGAUGAAAUUUUUCAGACGGGCAUGUUCUCCGAGGAUGGGCGUGCCCUCAGCGAGCAGUUCCAGAAAGUGCAGGCCGACUUUAUGUACAAAGUUAUGAGCGGAUGGUCGGCAAAGGGCAAGUUCUACGCCGAGCUAAUGAAACAAUGGGGAAUGGACAUGUUUGAAGUAAUCGUACGGGUAACUCGCGCCUCUCGGCGAACGUUCAACGUGCUAAACCACGGCGAUAUGUGGUGUAAUAAUCUGCUCUUCCACCACGACGAUAAGGGUGACCUCGACGAUAUUGUUUUGAUCGACUAUCAGCUCAGCUUCUGGUGCUCACCCGCGAUCGAUCUGCUUUACUUCAUGUGCACUUCCGUAAACGGCGAUGAACGGUUUACGCAAAUGGACCACUUGGUGCACUACUACCACAAGCACCUCGUGCGCGAGCUGACCUUUCUCGAGUACUCGGGAGAGAUUCCCACGCUGCCGGAGCUACACUCGGACCUGAUAGCGCACCAUCUGUACGGGUUCGUCGUGUCGUUCUCGAUCCUACCCAUGGUCCUGAUGGAGAAAACCGAUGACGCCUCGAUGGAUCUAAUGCUGGACCAGGGCGACGCCGGGCUGGCGUUCAAGCUGAAGAUGUACAACAACCCCUUGUACGUCCGGCAGAUGGAGCAAAUUAUGGACUACUUCUACAACAGUGGUGCCUUCGAUAUCCUGGGACUCGGCACCCAACAGCCGGCGGGCAUCGACUGCGAUCCGGCCAUACAACUGCCGGUCUGGCUCACCCAGGACUUCAUCCAAGACCUGGUAAACAGAAACUUCACCGGCGAAAGAGUGGCGGGCACCGUGAGAAGUGCGUUCGUGAAGAGCACAACGCAGAAGAACGACACCGGCUCCCCGGCACUGUACUCGGUACGGGUGACCCUAUUCCACGAGGGUCCCGGCACCGAAGAGCUUGUCUCGCUCGUGAUCAAGGCUCCACCGAAAGGAAACGCAGCGGCAUACGCGCGCGAUAAGGACGCCUACGUGCGGGAGCAGCAACUGUACGAUGAUCUGCUGCCAGAGUUUGAGCAAAUGUAUCGGACGCGCGGAGAGUGCGUGUCCUUUGGUCCACGAUCAUACAGACCGCGUGGCGGGUUACCUUACGAGGUGAUCGUUUUGGAGGAUCUAAGCGCUACUGGCUACCGCAUGUUGGCUAGCCCGUCCGAUGGGCUGGAUAAGCAGCACACCGAAGCUGUGCUUAAUCAUAUGGCCAAGUUCCAUGCGGCGUCUGCCGUGUUCCGUGAGUUGGGAGGCUUCCUACCGAAGGAACUACGAGAGGGGUGCUGUGCGAUGGAGCUGGCAAAGGCAACCGAUCAGCAUUUGUCUCCCACAUUAGACCGCGUGUUUGCCUAUUUGAAGGACCUCGACUUCGCCGAACAGUACGUGGAAGAUUUGGAAACGGCCACCGGCCACGUCUUUAGCUCGCUGCUCGAUACCGCCUCCAUCGAUGCCGAUGCAUUCUGUGUGCUCAACCAUGGCCAAGUGGAACUGCGCAAUCUGCUGUUUGCCUACGCCGAAGGGGGCACCGUUAGCCGGGUGGCGCUGAUCGAUUACCGCAACGCGGCCUGGGGAUCGCCAGCCUUCGAUCUGAUCCAUUUCCUUUUUUCGUCCGUCUCGCUGGACCUCAAGCUUUCGCAGCAGGCACACUUCCUGCGCUACUACCAAGAAAAACUGGCCCACCACUUGCUGUUCCUCGGAUACUUGAAACCUCUACCGACCCUGCAACAGUUGCAUAUCGAUUUCAACAAACGACUGUUUGCCGCCAUCAAGACCACACUGAUCGAUCUACCGAAGGCGUUGGCUGCACCGGUAGACGAGGGCGUUCCGGAAUCACCGUCGGAGAAACCACUAUUCACCGACGGCUGCUACGGGGACCAAAUGAAACUACUUUUACCGAAAAUGGUCAACAUCAGCUGGCUGGACGAUGGCUUUCUGUCGGGCGUGCUGGCACCCACGGAGGCCGGCUUUUCACGCCUAGUCUCGUACGAGGUGGCCUUGGCCACCAAAAAGGGUGACAACUACGCUAGUGAAAUGUACCGCGUCGCUGUCGGUUACGAAACCGGGACCGGUGAAACGGUUCGCCGAAACCUGAUACUUAAGGUUAUGCCAUCCGGAGAGCUCCAGCAGCAGGUGAUGGAGGAGAACAGCAUCUAUCCGCGGGAAACCGUCAUCUACCGGGAGAUACUGCCCAAGGUGUACGCCCUUCUGCGCUCGAUCGGCGACACCACGAUCAUCUCUCCGAUUUGCUUGAGUCCCGAAACCGGCGGCGCCCCGAAACAGAUGCUGGUGUUUGAGGAUGCGCGAGAGCAAGGCUUUCAGAUGGUGGACCGUCGGUUUGGGCUGGAUUUGGAACAGGCCCGCCAAGUGAUCGUCAAGCUGGCGAAGCUGCAUGCUUGCUCCAGGAUGCUGUACGAGUCCGAUCCGCAGUUAUUCGAGCUUACACUGGAAGGGUGCAUCAGCGAUAAUCCCAAGAAGCAGUCGUUUCUGCCGUACUAUCGCCUCUGUGUGCAGCAGGUCAUCCGACUGGUGAGAGAGUGGAACGCGCCGGAAGAUUGGAACGUAAUACUGGAGAAGCUGGAACAGUUGGAACAUAAAAUCAUCCCGUACGGCUGCGAGGUUUACCGGCGCGACGAGAGUUCGUUUAAUGUGCUCAACCACAACGACAUUUGGGUCAACAAUAUGAUGUUUCGUUACGCCCGGAAGGAGGGCAAUCUGGAAGAUGUUCUUCUACUCGACUAUCAACUCUCGUUCUUCGGGUCUCCGGGGGUGGAUCUCAACUUUUUCCUGUUUGGCUCCCUGAAGCCGGAAGUGCGCUCAGCACACACGCCAGAGUUAGUGCAAGUUUAUCACACCACGCUGCGCACCACAUUGGAGCGGCUUCACUAUCCCGGGCCUAUUCCGUCGCUGCCGGACGUACACGUGGAGAUUAUUCGCAAGGGAUUCCACCGCGUUAAUGCUACCUUCCAGAUGCUUCCAAUCGCCAUGAUGGAAAACUCGGAAGAGGCCGAAAUGGACCUGCUGUUGGCGGCCAAUGAGUCCGGUGAAGCGCUGAGGCGCCAACUGUUCAACAAUCCCCGUUACGUCACCAGCCUCCGGUCGGUGCUGCCGGAGCUUCACCGGAGCGGUUAUUUAGAUUGACAGAGGGCCUCCGUGUCUGCGUUUGCGGUCUCGACUGUUUUGCAAAUAUUGUUCCAAGCGUGCUUGGCUCGGGCUCAACACCACGAAAGGCUAACGUUUGCACACAGCGCCAUUGUUUCAAUAGGAUGAUGAAUAAACUAACAAUCGUUCGGUAAUCAUUUGAUCCGGUUUUAUAACAUUUGGAGCGCUCGUUCAAACGUCUACAUAUAGGUUUAUAUGGUGAUCU